UCCAAGAAGUUGCUCCUCCUCUUGAGCCCCCUGUUUUUGUUUUUUUUUUGCCUCCUUGUAUCAUGCACUUCAGAGGCAAAGUAUUUCCAUCUGCGUCACAUUAUAUUCCUCAAACAAAAGAUGGUGAGUGCAGCCAGCCAGACUGGAUGAAAAGCAGAUUUCAUGUUUUGGCGCGCUCCCGUUACAUGAUUAUGUUAACAAACUGUUGAGAGUAAUAGAAUGUCUGGAAAUCUCAUGCUACUGAGUUGGCGAAUCUGUAAUGUGGUCUCAAUUAGCAGGGAGGUUCGAAGGGGAGGCAACAAGGAAAAGUUUACUGGAGUAGUUCACAGGUCAGUGACAGAGAAAUACAAUUAAUCCACUGUCUCACUUGUAGUUAUUAGGAAACAAAUAUAAACUCUCAUCUUUUUGGGGAUUAAGAAGCAAAAUACCAUCAGAAACUCACUAAAAGGACAUUUUCUGGGCCACAUCAUUACACUCUUGUUAGUGUUUUUAAUCCACCUUUAAAUGUCGGUCACUUUUUUUUUUUCCCCUUGCACUCGGAGCUAAAAAAAAAGUCAGCAGUAAACUUAGCCAAUGGUUCCACCACCUCAAUAAAUUUAUCAGUCACAGAAACAGGUCAGCACAUUAAGUGUAACAUGACGUGAAGGCGACUGAACCUGCUCAGCACAUCGAGACAGGAGUAUGUGUCGCUACAGCUUCUCCACGGUAACCAGAAGUAAACAUAGCAGCAAAAGUUGUGACUAGAAGUUUUAAUUGCCAACAAGAGCGUCUUAAAGACAGGUUAGCCACCUGACUGGAGGAAUCUGCAUACGCAAGUGUGUUUUGGAAUUUACGAGAGGCAUCCAAAACAUGUCUUUAUUGUCUUUGUGCCCACAAGAAGAAAACAAAAAUUCAAGUGUGUUCAAGUGCAACUCUGAGGAGCCUCUCACCCAGGAAACAGCCAAGACUUGGAUGUCGGACACUGGCAUACUUAGCCUCCUUUCGAGGUAAUUUCUGUGGCAUCAACACACAGCAGGUGAACACCUACAGGUCAGCCAGGGGAAAGUGAGUGCAUUAAGAGCAAGCUACACCCACAGGGUAAGAGCCUUUGUCCAAUUAAGAGGCCUUGCAUAGCCUAUUGCAUGACACAGGCAUGAAGCAGCCUUUCUAGCAUUAAGACUGCUCAAUCUGGGCCAAAAAGAUGGUGACCGAAAAGAAAGAAGUGUUAAAUCACCACAAUUGGCUCGUUGCAACAUGUUAACCUGUUCGCUUUUAAACAAGCCAAAUAAAUAAGCAAACAAGUGUUGAGUUCAGCUAACAUACUAACGACAUGUCAGCUAGACACUGAGUAUUCAUUGUAGCUAACAAGCUAACAUCUUAUUAUCACUAUAUUAAUUUGCCCAAUCCAAUCAUUUAUUAAAAAUUCCUGUAAAAUUAACAACAAUACCAUAAACCUCAGCUGCACUUUGUGUUCAGAGGUACUUGCGAAGUGUUAGCAUGCAUACAGGCUAAACUAAAGGCGUGAACCUGGUAGAUAUUACUUGCUAAGUGCUGCUAACUACAAGCUCAAAGCGCCACUAUCAUGGCUGUAUACUCUCACCCUGCAUCCAGGUGCUACUCAAAUUUUCCAGUCGGAGAAUGUUGAUAAGUCAACCUGCGGUGGUCAGGGUCAGGUUUGAAUCGGGGAGGGAGGAGGAGAAGGGGCAGAGGCAAACCUCAGGUUCAGAGCAGACUAUUUAAAUGGGUGGGUGAAACCUACGAGGAGGCACUUGACACAUCUCUUUGUCACCAGAAGCACAGCCAAAAACACAGGAUGAAGAUCCUUCCAGCCGUUCUCUUUGUCUCCCUGGUGGUGGCCCACGGCUGCUCGAGCCUUCCCAAGAGGAGUGACUCCAUCAGAAAUACCAUUAGGAGCAUAACUAACAUUGCUCAGACAACCCUCGUCCACAUCAGGAUACUAAGGGCAAAGUUGCCUGUCGCUCCACAGAUAGAAUUCAGCGCUCCCUCCAUUAACGGACUAACUAACAUCAGCUACAACCUCGCACUUCUGGACAACGAGCUGAGGAGCCCAGAAUCCCUCAAUCAGAUCCAGGCUGACGUCUCCAGCUUGGAGGGACUGGUGCGCUCCCUCGCCGUCACGAUGAACUGUCCCGUCAACGACAAACCCAGAGGAGAGGUCGGCAACAGCUCGUUCCCCGACACUCACCUCUACCUGACUCUGGCGAAGGUGCAGAGCUACCUGGACAAGUUUCUUCUCAACAAGGACAAACUCAAGGUCUGCUGAGAACUCCAUCACCCAAGUAUGCAGAAGCUUAUUUGCACAAAUAGCUCACUUUGUAAUUUAAAAUUUGCACAAACUAUAUUUUUGGACGAUAAGUCUCCCUGUAACUCUUUCUCAAACAAUAAUGCUCUUCUGCCGGCUGCUAAACAUUAAGCAUGUGAUGCAAUAAGCUUUGAAGGUAAUUAUUUUAAGCUUUUGACAAAGUCAGAGUUGAGAGUCUGAGAAUUAUAUUUUAAAUGUUUGGAUAUUGAUAUAUAUAUUAAAAAAAAAAAAACUGAACAGAUAUAGCGACAUGUUUCCAUCUGUUGGUAUUUCAUUGAGUGAUUUUUUUUUAGGGAAAGUAUUGGUGAGUGUGAAACAUGGGAUGCAGAAGCAUUAAGCGUAUGAUCACUUGGAUUUUAAAAUCUUCACAUGAAUUUAUUUGCUGUAUUAAACUUUUAAAUAAAGAUUUUAGACAAUAUUUAUUUCCGGGACUUUUUAUUUCUAUUCUUUAGUAAUAGUUUUGAAAGAACUGUAUGAAAAUAGUUAAACCCUCAAAGUCAAGGCAUUUUUAACCUGCUGCAGAAAAUUACACCACUGGAGGAAAUACAAAUUGUAAAUAACAACUACAUUUUAAAUGAUGAUACGACACACUUUCUAAAUCUAAAACUGUUAAUGAGCUAACAAAAAUAUAAAUUAAGCAAUUUAAAUCUGUGGGGUUUUUUUGCAACAAAGACACUAUAAGUUUAAUUACAGGGAAACGGGACAUUAUGCAAAACACCUAAUUUAAUGUAAAUAAAAUAUGG